AUGGCCCAGCGAGCUAUAGCGAAAACAGAGGCGCUCAAGGCUACCAUUACGCACCGUCCCAAGACAUCGUCGCCACUUAAGGCAAGCAUGACGGUCGAACCGCCUCCGCUACCACCUCGCGCGGCGUCCCCAGCUCUGCACAUGAAUGUCAAUCGCUUCGCUGUAGAGGCUGGCUACUGA